UGUGUAUAAUCACAGCUAGUGGUCAUCCAAAUGUGUAUAUUCACAGCUGAUGCUGCCGAUGGUCAUCCAGAUAUAUAUAUUCACAGCUGGUGGUCAUCCAAAUGUGUAUAUUCACAGCUGAUUGGCAUCCAAAUGUGUAUAUUCACAGCUGAUGUCGAUGGUCAUCCAGAUAUAUAUUCACAGCUGGUGUUCAUCCAGAUGUGUAUAUUCACAGCUGGUGGUCAUCUAAAUGUGUAUAUUAGCAGCUUGUGGUCAAGCAAAUUGUAUAUUUAUAGCCAGUGGUCAUCAAAUAUGUAUAUUCACAGUUGCUUAUCAUACAAAUCUGUACAUUUACAGCUGAUGAUGAUCAAUAGCUGGUUUUCAGUCAGAUGUAAUUAAAAGCUGGUGAUCAAACAAAUGUGCAUAUCUAGGCAAACAUAAAGUAGGGUUUUAGUUUUAUUAAAAUAUCUUCGACAUUUGACCAUAAUAGAAUGUGUACAGUAAAACCUGUGUCCAUAGUGAUUGGACAUUACUGCCUGGAAGUAAAGGGUGUUCCAAAAGUAACAGGACUGGUGCUAGUAUUUUGUUUAAUAUGUACCAAUCUUCUUCGAAAUUUUACAUUGUUUUAUGAGCCAUUUGUUAUACUGGUUUUACUGUAGUUGUUCAUGGGUUAUAUGGCAUGAGAAAUCCUUUGGUUAACUGUAUUAUGAUUACAGCCCAUUUCACUACUUAUUGCGUCACUAACCUAAAAAAUAAGAAAUCAAAAGAUCAUUAUGCAAUAAUAUAUAUGUAAAAAUAUAUUCCU